GUCUCGUACGGACGCUUAUAUACCACCUUCGUACAACCAAUAUCCUAUAUUAUAUAUAUAUAUAUCUAUACAUAUAUAUAUGAACUUUAUUAUCAAUAUAUUUAAUAUCAUUCAGAAAGCAUUUAAAUUAAAAAUCAUAAAAAAAUAAACAAUCGCUGUAAAAAAUACGGGAAUGUGAUAAAAACGUAUUAGUCUGGCAGAAACAAUUAUCCAUUGGAAUAAUAACAUCAGUAAUCAAAUUACUACUCCAAAAUGAAUAAUUUCGCGAGGAGUCUGGCCUUCCUUUGCUUGGUUGGACUCGCUCGUUGCCAAGAAGGAGGUUUAUUUUUUUCCGUGAGCCCCGCGGAUCACACAGUAGUCGAGGGCUCGCCGGUACGUUUGCGUUGUGAAACUCAGCCAAGUGUGGGUGUAAAACACACGUGGAAACUCGAGGGCCAGACUCUGGCACCGAGUCCGCGUCGUCAUCAAGUCGGCGGGGAUCUCUACAUCACUAGAGUAAACAGGAUACUGGACAGUGGGAAUUUCGUUUGCGUUGCAUACCACGAACCAACUGGAUACAGCAUCGAGAGUUCACCCGCUAAAAUUGACGUACAAUGGAUAAGCGAGUCACGAGUAGUCUUGGAAUUACCAAAGUUUCCUUCUCCAGUACGUCCUGGUGUUGAGGUAGAAUUACGCUGCCACGUGGAUGGCUCUGGUGAAAUGAGAUACGAGUGGUUUAAAAAUACUAAAAGUGUGAUGGCAAAUGACCACAUUAAAGUAAAGAGCAAAAAGAAACUGCAUAUCCAGAAUGUCAGUACAAAAGACAAUGGGGUGUAUUCAUGUCUGGCAAGAAAUGAAGCCGGAUCGUCGCCUAUAAAAGAAAGUUAUCCGUUGGUAGUACCGACGAAUGAAACAGCAACGAUAAAAGUUGUACCACAAAAUGUCAUUGUUAAACGUGGUGAACAAGCGUCAAUGCACUGUGUGUAUGAGAAUGCAGAUUCUGUCGAGUGGUACUUUAAAGAAAUCGGUCCACUCGGUGACGAGGAUGAGGAGAGAAUGGCUUUUGAAAAUGGCACACUGAUUAUUCGCGCAGCUGAACACCGAGAUCAAGGUGUUUAUGCUUGUCAUGGUAUCAGAGACGGCAUUGCUCAGAUUUACACGGCUGAACUACAAAUAGCAUAUUUGCACAACCUUUCGGAUGCGUCAUUAGAGCCACUACUACCUGAUCAAUUAGCAGUUGUAGGUAAAGACCAAGAAUUACAAGUGAGUUGUCUAGAGCCAGCAGGAUUACCAACACCUCGUGUGUUCUGGCGUGAUCCUACAGGUCACUUGAUAAGUGACUCCGGUCCUGUGAGAGUACAAGACAAUACUCUGCUAAUUGCUAAAGCGAGAGUGAACGAAGACGCCGGUAAUUAUACAUGUAUUGCAGAAAAUUUAGCUGGAACCAGUGAAAUAGUUGUCCAAGUUGUCGUGUCAACCCCAUCGACACUGACGAGUUCACCGGAAUCUCAAACAGUGAUGGAAGGUGAUCCUGCGACUCUUACUUGCUCUUACACUGGAAUGGAAGCUCCAGUUACUCAAGUCCAGUGGCUGAAAGAUGGAGAACCGCUUAAAGAAACCGGUGGACCCAGCAGACAUCGGGUCACUGAUCGACAUGGAAACGUAACUCUUCAUUACAAAUUUACUUAUGUAACUGACAAGGGCAAUUACGCCUGCGAAAUUAACACCAAGGGAUUUCCGGCUCUGAGGUCCCAGCCGGCGACACUUAUUGUUAAAGAAAAGCUCAAGUUUUCACCACCACCAGUUGACAAAAAACUUGAACUUAAUUCAACGACAAAAGUAUAUUGUAAAGCACAGGGCGCUACCAACCCAAGUGUCAGAUGGAUAAAAGAACACGAAGGAGAAAAGUUUCCAGAUCACGUUCAGGACAUUAAUGGUACGCUGCACUUUAAUGGCGUUCUUGAAACAGAUAGAGGUCGUUAUAUAUGCAUUGCGUCUAAUGCUCAAGGUUCCAUUAAUCACACAAUACAGAUUGAAGUUGUCAUUGCUCCGAAAUUCACCCAACUACCACAAGACCCAACGGAAGCUAUGGAAGGUUACCCAGUGAUGUUGCAUUGUGCUGCUGAAGGCGAUCCAACCCCACAAAUCCAUUGGGAUAAAGACUCGACGUUAAAUAAUCUCGAUGAUCCAAGAUUACAGGUUUUAGCAAAUGGAAGUUUAUAUAUCAAAGAGGCUUACCUUAGCGAUGAAGGAAAAUACGGGUGCACAGCAGGCAACAGCGGGGGUUUGAAGAGGGUCGAGGUUCAAUUGAAUGUCAAACCUGGUGAUGGAUACAGAUCAGAUAUGGAUGUUGAAAAUUACGAUGGCUCGAUGAUGACUAAAACAGUAACAAUAACUCUGGGUGUUGCUGGCGCAUAUAUGAUUCUUGUCGUUGGUUUGAUGUUUUAUUGCCGUUACAGACGUAGACGUAGGAAGCAACAGUAUUUACAAGAACAAGGAGAAGAAAAACUUGAAAACGGCGACAUCCAUGAAGAGCAAACAGAGUUAAAGGAAAUGAACCCGAAGCAGAACGGAGAGCGUAAAAAAGAGAACCGCGAUUCCCAUCGUAGUGACGGCGCAGAAACAGCCCAGAGUCAAAGCAGCAACCAUUCGAAAAAGUCUAAGAGUAGCUACGACAAAUUAGCCGUAUCGCGAUCAAAUUUACGGGAGCUAAAGCCACUGGGACGUGGAGAAUUCGGUGAAGUAUUUUCCACAAAGUAUCAGGUAGACGGGGAAAAAGAGCAAGUAGUCAUGGUUAAAAGUCUUUUGAAUACGAAAGACGAGACAUCACUUCAAGAAUUUAAGCGGCAUUUGGAUUUACUUCAUAAAUUAAAUCAUGAGAAUGUUGCUAAGCUAAUUGGUCUCUGUCGCGAAGUUGAGCCGGAUUACAUGAUACUUGAGUUCACCGACUGGGGUGAUUUGAAGCAGUUUUUAUUGGCUUCCAAGAAAAAGGACGAGGCGUUAACGACUACAACAACCACCACAACAACUACAGCAACCACAACUACAACAACAAAUAGUAUUAACUCCGACGUUAAACAACGCGCUCCACAACUGACAGUUGCUCAAAUUCUAUCGCUGGCUAAUCAAGCAGCCCGUGGACUUAAACAUAUCGCCGACAAUCGUCUCGUCCACAAAGACAUUGCUGCCCGUAAUUGUUUAAUUGCCAGCAAUCUCAGUCUCAAAAUAACAAUGUCCUCAAUGUCUAAGGAACCUUAUCAGCAGGAAUACGCCAAGUACAGGAAUCAAGUGAUACCACUCAGAUGGAUGCCCUACGAAGCUGUGUACGAAGACGAGUACUCAACAAAGAGUGACGUGUACUCGUUCUCAUGCUUACUGUGGGAAAUAUUCCACCAGGGUGAAUUGCCCUUCAAUAAACUGAGUGAUGAUUCCGUAUUAACGCAGCUUAAAACUCAUGUUCUUGUUUGGAAAGCUCACAAAGCUGCACCUCCAGCGCUUUCAGAGCUACAAGACAAGUGCUGGUCAAAUGAUCCACGGGAGAGACCGACUUUUGACGAAGUUGUCACUAAAAUUGGCGAGAUUGUCGUCGAUAGUUGCUUGUAAAAUUAAAAAAAUCCAUCUUUUUUUUUACUUUUUUAAGAAAAUAUAUUUUUAUUUAUUUUAAGUUUUAUAAUCACGACAUUAAUAAUUAAUUAUCACCGUAAUUUUUUUUAAGCACAGUUAAGAUAAGCGAGUUUAAGAUAUUGAUAUAAUUGACCGUUAGGUCCCAACGGCUAAUUGACACUGCCUCUGUCCAUUAAUCAGCGCUAGAUAAUAUUUAUUAGCGUUUAUUGUCGACCUAAGACUAUGUAUACAUACAUAUAUAUAAAUAUAUAAAUAUAAAUUAUAUAUUAAAUAAUUAGGAUGCGUGGUAUCUUUAAAAGUCUCGUGCGCUUUUACUUGAAUAUUAAUUAACGAAUAAUGCAUAAUUAGAUCGAUUAAUUAGCAACUAGAUUUAGAAAACUAUUUAUUUGAAAAUUAUUUUUUUUUUGUAUUUUAUAAUCGAUCAUUGCCACGAAAGUAGUAUAAUGGCCUAGACAAAUUGCUGGUAGCAAUAAAAUUUUUCAACGAUAUUUAAAAAAAAAUAAAUAAGUAACGAUAAACUAAACCCUGAUUACAUUUUUACAAUGAAAUAUAUAUAGUACAUAUUUAAAUAAUGGUCACAUCGAACUUGUACUCAUAAGAUAAAUAAUUAUUUAGCGAGAGUCGGAUUUUGACUCAGUCCAAUUGCUGCCUAUUUACGAAAGUAUCCCAGCCAUAUCAUAACUAAAAAAAAAAAAAAAAAAAAAAAAAACGUGAAAAAUUUUUAUUCUACUUUUAUUAAUAGGGACAUUUCUUUUAGGUUUUAGAAAUUAGUACUAAGUAAUUGGUAAUUAAUAAUUAAUAAUUGAUAAUUGAUAUUAAUAUUGAUAAUUAAUAAUUUUUAUUCAAGGAUCGAAAGACCAAGAGUGAUUGAUCUCUCGCGAGAUAUUUUAACAAGAAAACCUAUUUGUAUAUAUUGAAAUAAUGACUCAGCUGAUUUUUAUACGUUUUUUAUAAUUAAAUUAAUUUAAUGUUCUUCCAAUUAAACAUAACUGAUUAUUUAAAUUGAAAAAGAAUUUUUUUUUAAUUUGUAUCGGAAUUUCUUUAUAUAAUUAUUUUUUGAUAAAUUUUAUAUGAGUAAUAAUCAGUACAUUUCCGUAGAUUUUAAAGUUGCAAGUGGAAAAUUUUAAAAAAUUUUAAAUAUUAUUAUUUUUUAUAAGGGAUAAAAAGUUUGAGUGAUUAAGUUAUUGCGGUUAUGAUAUUAAUUAAAUUAUAUUGCGUUAGAAUACGCAACAAUAUAUUAAUGUAUAGCGUGAGGUUGCGGAUGUAUAUAAUAUAUAACUAAUGGAUGCUUUGAGUAAGUCGAAAAAAUAAAUAUAAAUCAUAUUCUCUUGCACGUAUCUCGCAAUAAUUAAUAAGCUUAAGUAUUUGACUUUAUAUAUUAAUAUUAAUGGAAACAAAAUAAUGCAUAUAUAUAUAUAUAUAUAUAUAUAUAUAUAUAUAAGGGGUAAGCCAGGAAAAUUAGUCGUGGUCAGAGGAAAUUUCUACUUUUCCGAGAUAAUUGACAUUUUCAAAAAAUUUUUCUUGAAUUAAGAAUAUUUACCUUCAGUCAGAACUUUUUUUUUGUGUAUAUUUUAAAAUCCGAUUUGAAUUCAAAUUCAAAUUUAAAAACUGGUUCAAAUUUCGAAUAUUAAAUUUUUAUCACACAUGAUAAAUUAUUAAAAAAUUUUUACAAUAAUUUAUGAACAAUUAAAAUUUAUAAAAAAUCAAAGCUUACAAAAAAUUCGAAUUUGAUUUUAAUUUAAAAUAAAAAAUUUAUAUUCGACUCAAUACAAAUAAUUACUGAGUACGAAUAUUUGUACAGCCCCAAUAUAUAAAUAUAUAUGCAUUAUUUUACAUGACAUGCAUUUUCAUCGAUCGGCUGCCAAAGGAGACGUAAUAACUAAUAAAUAAUUAAUUAUAAAUAUAAACAUAAUUAUUAAACUCAUACAUUUAUUAAUUAUAAAUAUAUCAUAAUAUUGAUAUUGAUAUUAAUUAUUUUAAUGAUAAAUAUGUACGCGAAAUUAAAUUAGAUAUUCAUUGAAGUUGAUAUUCGACGUAAUAAUAUAUAUAAAUAUAUAUAUCGUCAUAUGUAUUUUUGGCUGUACGUAUUAAUUAAUUAUUUAAUUGAGUAGAUACAAAAAGUACUGCUAAUAUUUCGGCAAUUAAACGAACGAGAAACAUAAUUACAAUAAUUAUAAUUAUAAUAAUAAUAUUAAUAAUAAUUAAUAUAGAAAACAUUAUAAUUGAUUAUAAAAAUGAAGUUGUUUUAAAAUACUGUAACAAUUAAUUAGAUUCUUCCAUACUCAUUUAGAGCCAUACGAAUAACCGACAUUCCCAUGAACAUUAGCUGCAAUUAAUAAUAAAUUAAUUUAAAUAGGCUCAAUUUAUAAAACUAUUAACAUAAAACAAUAAUAGACUUAUAGCUCUUCCUCUCAAUUAUAUAUUAUACUUAUACUUAUAUCGUCUAUAUUUAAAUAUUCGGUGGUUUAUCCCAAUAUACUCUAGUCAUAAUGACGAUAAGACAGAACUUAAAUAAUAAUGAUGAAUAAAUAAAUAAAUAAACGAGUCAACAAAUAAAAUAAAGUAAAAAAAAAAUGAUUUUUUUAAAAUUUACAUUUACUUUUAAAGGCAUUUUAUAUUUGAGAUACUAAAAUAAAAUAAAAAAAAAACUGGUGGUUUAUUGAAACAGUAUUUUGUAAAUAUUUGUACUUUUUUAUGGCGUAUACUUUUUAAUUAUAAAAUGGUAUGUGCUAUGAGCAAAUAUGA